AUGUCUGCCGAUUGGAGUGACGAUAACACUACCAUCUUGACCGAGCUCUUUGUCCAACAAGUGCGUGCUGGCAAUAGGCCAGACAAGCACUUGACUCAAAAUGCUUCUGAGGAAGUUGCGAAGGAUUUUAAAGUCAGAACAGGCCUGGAGUACACCAGGCUCCAACAAAAGAACAAGUGGGAUAAGUUGAAGACUGAUUACAGCAAUUUCAGAAAACUCAAAUUGAAGGAGACUGGUGGUGGGUGGGACUAUGAGAGAAACACCAUCAAACAAGAUGAUGAAUGGUGGAAGAAAGCAAAGAUAGACAUCCCUGGCUGUGGCAAGUUCCGAAAGCGCGGACUUCGAAAUGAGAAUAACUUAUCUAUCAUGUUUGCUGACAUCACAAGUGAUGGUACAGAUCACUGGAAUCCUGCUUCAGGCACCAUUCCCCAAUCUAGCAGUGCAACUUCAGUUUUCAAUGUGGACGACAUACAAGAUGUUGAUCUGGAGGAGACCCAAACAGGUGAGUCACAUGCCGAUGGAAAAGGGAAGAGACUUGGCAGGUAUGUGGAUGGCAAUAACAAGAAGCCAAAGACAUCUCUUGUUAUACAAGAACAGAUAACCAGGGUUGGAGAUAUAGCAGAGAGGACCCAAUCCAGCUUUGAGUCAUACAUGAAGAAAGAAGAGAGUUCAUCGAUUACUUCUGUGAUGGAUCUGGUUGUUGAGUGUGGUGCAAUAGUAGGCAGUGAUGAAUAUUUCAUUGCUAGUGAACUAUUUGUGAAGCGAGAGCAGAGAGGGAUGUUCCUGCAUAUGACUGAAAGUGCUGCUCGUUUAGAUUGGUUGCAUAGGAAAUACAACAGCAAGUAUGGGCAUUAGAUGCUACUGCUGUUGUUUUUGCCUAUUGGGAUGUAAUACUAAUUUAAAGUUUGAACUUAGUUAUGUACUCUGGUUUACUUGUAAGACUAUUUGGGUUGUAACAUUAUUAUGUUAGUCCCAUUCU